CGAGCUGAGCCCCGCGGCAACGCCAUGGACAGCGCCGCGGCCGCUCGAUCCCUCCUCGGCCUCUGCCUGCUGCUUUGGAAAAGCGGGAUAACGUCGGGGAGGGAAACACGGCUGACCACGCCGAUAACUCCGCGCGAGACAUUUUCGGAGGAUUUUAUUCACCUGAAUGUUGGGAACAGAAGUUUGCAGAAUGGCGUUGGCAUUUCGGUGGCCUAUUUCUGCUCCAAGCCUUGCGUCAUAACUUUAGAAGCGAAAGCCUCCUUCGACUCCAGGAAUGCCGUAUCGGUGUACAAGAAACAAUGGAAAGGCGACCGCCGCGUCCGGACGAAUCGAACCCUUUCCUUGACGUUCCCAAAUAGUAUGGUCUUCAGAGAUGAUUAUAUUAUCAAGCGAUCGCUAAAUGUAGACUACGUAAUCCUCUACGCCUGGAUUACCCACAAGGAGGCCGUGAUCCACCACGCUCCUCAAGCAGGAAGCUACUGGCGUGCCGUUGUACGGGACUACAGUUUUUUGGACUCCGUUCCACCUUUCGAGCGUCCGUACAAGGAACACAAGGUCUGCAUGACCUGGAGCGCGGAACAGGCGUGGAAACGCCAAGCUAAUAGGAUACCGCGGUGUCCUCACGAGAACGACCUGAUGGAGAUCCUCAGCUUCCCAUAUGCAUCCAGUGGAGAGAGGACAGGAAUUGUGAAGAAGUUCCCGAAAUUUAGAAACAGAGAACUUGAAGCCAUCCGGAAGCAUCACACAAGUUAUCCAAUGUUCACAGUCUCGGCAUGGCUUUAUUUACUGCGCUACUGUGAGACAUCCUUGUGCGGGAUCCUGUACUUCAUCGAUUCGGGAGAAAUGUAUGGCACCCCUGCUGUAUUUCUAACCAAUACAGGUUAUCUUCACGUCCAAAUGCACCUUGUCAAAGGAGGGGAUCUUGCAGUGAAGACUACGUUGCCCCUUCCUCUACGGUGGUGGUUUCGUCUUGAUCUCUCCAUCAAUGGACAAGAGAUCGAUAUAACCAUUGUUCAGAAGAAUAUGACUAUCUUUCAACGUCAAGUUUUUAAUUUUCAGCAAGAUUUCUACUACGAUGACACUGGGGGCUACUUGGUUUUGGGGGGCAGUAGAUACGUGCCAGGAGUCAAAGGCUAUUUUGGAUCGGUGAAAUACUACCGUCUGAACAACUUAGAGACUAAAAGGUUUUCUCAUCCAUUCUCCAACAAAGAAAUUUCAGAGAAAAUUGAGAUGUACUAUCAGAAACGUGCUAAUAUCCAGAGUGGAAUAACUAAUCACAGAUUCUCGCUGAAAUAUUUUGAAGAAAAUCAACAGUGCCCUCUUGACAACUAUUACUGGGAACUGAUCAACAAACACAGGAGCCCUUUGAAGUGUGUUCCUUUGGAUUGGGAGACAGGAUUGAGAGAAGAUCAGAGCAUGCUUGAAGAUAGGAGGGACACAACACCACAUUUCCCAGAAGUAUCCCAACACAAGAAGGAGCUAGCAUUCAAAAUCGGACACAGGCUGUUUGAGGCGGCUGCUCAAAACCUGUCACAAACGGAUGGUUUGCUCUAUAUCAAUUCCUCCAUCUUCGCCCUGAGAGAUUCCAGCCAUUGUGGCUAUUCUAGAUCUUCUUAUCUUCUUGGUGUCAUCUUUGAAAUUGGACUGGGUGUAUCUCCAGACCCACUUCAGGGAUUGCUCUACAGCUUGAUUGCAGCUCAGGAAGGGGACCGGCUGGCUCUGAUGAACCUUGGCUACAAGCACUACCAAGGGAUUAAUAAUUAUCCCCAGGAUCUUGAGGUCUCAUAUGCUUACUAUAGUGACGUGGCUGUAAAGACACCCCGGGACCAACAAUCCGGAGCAAGAGAUCAGGCCUUGGUUGAAGCCAUCAGACUUCAGGAUGAAGAGUUACUGAAAGCCUUGACCAAAGAAAAUGGGGAUAUUUUCCUGUGGUUGAAACAUGAAGCAGUCAGAGGAGAUUCCACAGCGCAGCAACGCCUGGGACAGAUGCUUUUUUGGGGCCAGCAAGGAGUAGGAAAAAACCUAAGGAAAGCUGUGGAAUGGUAUGCAAAGGGAGCUCUAGAAAAUGAAGACCCGGUCUCUUUAUUCGACUAUUCCAUUGUGCUGUUCAAGGGCCAAGGGGUGAAGAGGAACAGGCGUCUGGCUUUCCAGCUGAUGAAAAAAGCCUCGUCAAAGGGAUUCCCCCAGGCAGUCAACGGCCUCGGCUGGUAUUAUCACAACUUUAAAAGAGAUUAUGACAAAGCAGCCAAAUAUUGGCUAAAAGCCGAAGCCAUGGGUAGCCCAGAUGCCUCCUUCAACCUCGGGGUUUUGCAUUUAGAUGGAAUCUAUCCAGGAGCAACGGGUAGAAAUCGGACUACGGCUGCUGGCUAUUUCUACAAAGCCGCGGAGAAAGGUCAUAUGGAAGGGACUCUGCACUGCGCCCAAUUCUACAUUACAGGAAAUCUACCAAGCUUUCCCCGGGAUCCGGAAAAGGCAGUGCUCUGGGCAAAACACGUGGCAGAAAAGAAUGGCUACUUGGGCCACGUCAUCCAGAAAGGACUCAGAGCCUACUUGGAGCUCUCUUGGAAUGAGGCUCUUCUGUAUUAUAUCCUUUCCGCGGAGACAGGAAUUGAGGUGGCACAGACAAAUUUAGCACAUAUCUGUGAAGAGAAGCCAAACUUGACAAAACGAUACUUCUCCACCGACUGUGCUCGGAAGUACUAUAAUUUCUCCAUUUCUCAAAGCACCGCUCCCUCUUUUGCUUACUUGAAAGUAGGAGAUUUUUACUACUAUGGUGCUCAGAACCAGACCAGGGAUUUGAAUAUGUCAGCCCGGAUGUACGCACGAGCAGCGCUGAUGGGAGAUGCCCAGGGAUUCUUUAAUUUGGCUCUUCUUCUGGAAGAAGGUUAUUCUAUCCCAAGUUCCCUUUUAGAUCGUUUAGAAAUCGACAGCACUGCCCACUCCAGAAAUAUGCCCCUCCAUCAAGAGCUUUAUGAAAGAUGCUGGAAUUACAGCCACCAAGACUCUGUCAACCCAUGCUCGCUAGCCUUGCUUUACCUACGACUGAGGAUUUGGUCCAACAACAUUUUCCAUUCUGACCCGAUCUACUAUUUGGGCUGUUUCUCUCCCUAUUUGUUGGUUGCUUUCGUCAUUUGGCGUUUCUGGUCUCUUUCAGCGGUCGCUCGUCUGGAUAAUUCAGCGGUCGCUGAAGGAGGACCUCUUCCUAGAGAUGGGGAGCCAAAUCAGAGGAGGUCAGCAGAGUGCGAAGCAUCUCCUGACCCAAAUGGCUUUGAGGAGGAUUCCAUCAACCCCCAACAUUCCUCUUCCAGAAGCUGAAAGGCGAGGAGGAAGAUUUCUCUUCAAGCAAUCUUCCUUUUUCAAAAAGCUGUAGCAAACAUCUCCCUUUGGCUCUCUGGAUCUAUUUUGGGAGCCUGGUGUGACCCUACAAGAAGCCAACAGCCUUCAAAAUCGAGAGGAAGUAAAGUGGCGGGGAUGAGUAAGGAGAUCAUGGUUGCAAAGCAUGUUGAACCUUUUCUAACUUUUACUUUAUCGCGCCUCCGUAUGACGAUUAAAAAGGACGUGCUACUGCCAUGACUUCCAACCAAUUUUUGAAUGAGGAUGAGGACAUUCUUCUAAGCCCCCUCCCCACUUGACAUUCUUCUAAGCCCCCUCCCCACUUGCUUACUCCUCAACUUGGGUGCACAAAGGACUUCAUUGUUUACAUCUGUCUUCAGUUGGUGAUCAGAUAAAGACUCUAAUUUGUUUUA